GUGCCGCCCAGGGAGCCGAGCGCCCGCCGGCCGCCACAGCCGUUGUCCGCCGCCGCCGCCCGGCCGCGCUCGGCCGCUCCGGGGCCAUGUUGGGCCGGGGGCUCCGCUCGGCGUGACUCGGGGGCCCGCGCCCGCCCCCUCCGGACCGCCCGGACAGCCGCCAGUCCCCGAUCCCCGUCCCUAGCGCCCUGGCUCGCCUGGCUUUUCCAAGCCAGACUAUAAAUUGGUAGAAUGAAAAAGUUUAAGAGAAGAUUAUCCCUCACACUUCGUGGCAGCCAGACCAUUGAUGAAUCGCUUUCUGAGCUGGCCGAACAAAUGACUAUUGAAGAAAACAGUAGUAAGGAUAAUGAGCCCAUUGUGAAGAAUGGCAGACCUCCAGCGUCACACAGUAUGCACUCCUUCCUCCAUCAGUACACGGGCUCUUUCAAGAAGCCCCCAUUGCGGAGACCACACAGUGUGAUAGGGGGAAGUCUCGGCUCCUUCAUGGCAAUGCCCAGAAAUGGAAGCAGACUUGAUAUUGUUCAUGAAAAUUUAAAAAUGGGAUCAGAUGGUGAAAGUGACCAAGCUUCGGGGACUUCAUCGGAUGAAGUCCAGUCUCCCACAGGUGUUUGUCUCAGAAACCGGAUACACAGACGAAUCUCUAUGGAGGAUUUAAAUAAGCGUUUGUCACUUCCUGCGGACAUUAGAAUACCUGACGGUUAUUUAGAAAAGCUGCAGAUAAAUAGCCCUCCAUUUGAUCAGCCAAUGAGCCGGCGCUCUCGGAGAGCUUCCUUGUCGGAGAUUGGAUUUGGGAAAAUGGAGACCUAUAUUAAAUUGGAAAAGCUUGGAGAGGGGACCUAUGCAACUGUAUAUAAAGGAAGGAGCAAAUUGACAGAGAACUUGGUAGCAUUAAAGGAGAUCCGCUUGGAGCAUGAAGAGGGAGCACCAUGUACAGCCAUAAGAGAAGUUUCAUUAUUAAAGGAUCUAAAGCAUGCCAAUAUUGUUACAUUACAUGACAUCGUUCACACAGAUAAAUCCUUGACUCUAGUCUUUGAGUACUUGGACAAAGACUUAAAGCAGUACAUGGAUGACUGUGGCAACAUCAUGAGCAUGCACAACGUGAAGCUUUUUUUAUACCAGAUUCUUCGUGGUUUGGCCUACUGCCACAGGAGGAAGGUGCUUCAUCGGGACUUGAAACCGCAGAACCUCCUCAUUAAUGAGAAAGGAGAGUUAAAGCUAGCAGAUUUUGGACUAGCAAGAGCCAAAUCAGUUCCCACAAAGACCUACUCAAAUGAAGUCGUCACACUUUGGUACCGGCCACCUGAUGUUCUCCUGGGUUCCUCGGAGUACUCAACACAGAUUGAUAUGUGGGGUGUUGGCUGCAUAUUUUUUGAAAUGGCUUCCGGAAGACCCCUUUUUCCAGGUUCUACAGUGGAGGAUGAACUGCACCUAAUCUUCCGACUGCUCGGAACACCAUCUCAAGAAACUUGGCCAGGUGUUGCUUCAAAUGAUGAGUUCAAGAACUACAACUUUCCUAAAUAUAAACCACAGCCUCUAAUCAAUCAUGCACCCAGACUAGACUCUGAAGGAAUUGAAUUGAUAACAAGAUUUCUGCAGUAUGAGUCAAAGAAAAGGGUUUCGGCAGAGGAAGCCAUGAAACACGCGUACUUUCGAAGCCUGGGAACAAGAAUACAUGCUUUACCUGAAAGUGUCUCAAUAUUCAGUUUGAAAGAAAUUCAGUUGCAAAAGGACCCGGGUUUUCGAAAUUCUUCCUAUCCAGAGACAGGACACAGCAAGACCAGAAGACAGAGCAUGCUCUUUUAAGUUCGAUAGCAGGAUUUCAAGCCCAGCCCCAGCCUCUCUUACCAAGCAAGGACUCCGAUCUGGACUUGGGAUCUCCACUUGUCUACGCUGUCCUCUUCCCAGUGGAGUCUUUUUAUUUCCGACCUGCAGAUUAUGUUUUUAUAUUUGUUGUCACAGUGUGACAAUUUCUUGUACAGUUGGUUUUAAGGUCUCCUCUGCCAUUAGAGCCAGUCGGUUACAACUGUUGAUGUAACUGGAGCUGCAAUUUUUGUGCAGGACUGAGAAACACAGUGCAUUAUUUAUUGCGGAUCAUUGCUGCUAAGUAACUACUGUCUGUCUAUUUAACACAACAGUUGAAUGCCUGAAGAAGUUGCAAUGGCUUUAUGAUAUGUGAAUGCAUCUGUUUCUCCUCACAAACUGUUUGACUGCUGCAGUUUUUGUUUGUUUGUUAUUUUUAUUAAACUGCAAUGUUUCCUGGAAUGUAAACUUAGCUUUGCUUAAUCGUAAAUAGGUGAACCAUUUAAUGCUCUAAGUUCAUGAGACAAUUUCUUAACAUUGGCAACAUGGUAGUUCUGAGAUUUAUAAACACAUUAUGUUUAGAAAAGCACGUGGUGCACAAGGGGAUUUGAGCAAGUGAAUGCCUGCCUGCCCAGCUGCCAGGAGGGAAGGCAGAGGAAGGAUUUCCUCUUAGAAGCCCAGGCCUUGAGCCACGUGCAUUAUUUAUUUGUCACCUCUAGUUUAGCAGCGUUUGCAUGCUCCUGAACGGCGCUAUCCAACACGUCGACCUUAAUUUAUGUUGUGCUUUAAUCCAUUGAGGACUAGCUCACACAAAUCCGUUCAGACCGCCCUCUCGUCCCAUCAUUCUGGAAUGUUCUUCUCGUGUUGGAUGAGAAGCAGGAUGAUUCCCUUUAGUGGAGAACAAAUUCCAUUUCCUACUUUCUCCCUUCCCUCUCCCUCCCAUGUUAUUCACUUGGAAUCAGCUGGAAGCUGUGAUAGAUACAUGACAUGAGCCAUGAUUAACUACGUACUCUUCCCAAAAUGAGAACUUGGAGGCUUUUAAAAAAUCAUCGCCAACCUCGGUUUACUGGAGAUGACAGUUGUUAAGGCUGCGCCCGUGCAUCUCACUGGGUGUCAGGAGUGCACCUGGGUGAGUGGUGGGAACAGUGUUUUUAAGCAUUUGUGUUCACCUUUAACAAUUAGUUGUGUAGUGCAUCUUAAAGACUGUAAAUCUUUAUUGGGAUAUUUUGAAAUGGUCAUGUAAAUCUCUGGCUGGUAUAUCAUGAAAAUAGUCAUAGACAACUUAAAUUUUUUCCUGACAUUCACUGUAAAACAUUCAGGGGUCCUACCAUUUCUGUUCAGGAAAUCUUGUAGUUUAUUGUUAUUUAACAGUAUUAAGUGAAUUUUUGUAUAUUUCCUUUUAACUUUAUUUGUGAAUAAUGAUUGUGGCAUGUUGGGGGGUGUUUUAUUAAUAGUUCAUGAUACUGGUAAAUUUAAUUAUUUUGGUUUUUUUUUUUUUAAUUUUCUGGAAGAAACAGAUUCAUGUAUACUGGUGAAUAUUGGACCACUACUCUUUCCAGCAUUUGUAAACUGGUUUGACGUAAAAUCCUGUAGACCUAACAAACUGCUGUUAUUUCUAACUGACAAACACGUAUUAAUAUUGUACUUUUGAAAGUAUAAAUAUUAUGUGGAAUUCCUUGGUUUUGUUUUGAAGUUUAUAAUAACAAAAUCUCCAUGUUGUUAAAAUA